AUGGGGUUCACUGUGGGACCAACAGAUGUCAAGGAAAAGCUAAAUGAGAUAAGAAGCGUUGGGAAGAGUGUCAAGAUAAGAAGCAGCUCAGCAUCCCUUGCUCUGCCCAAAAGGCAAACUGAAUAUAAUCGCACUGUGUUCUGUGUCCACAAGGGAGUCAAGGUGUUCUCCUUCUGCAGGAGGAAGAACCUGCUGGUGACAGGUGGGCUGGAUCGAAUCAUCAGGGUCUGGAAUCCUUACCUGCCUGGAAAGCCAACAGGUGUGCUGAGAGGCCACACGGCUCCUGUGAUGUACGUACACGUAGCUUCUGAAGAAAACAAAGUGUUUUCCAUGUCUGCUGACAACACAGUCAAGAUCUGGGAUCUGGAGACCCAUGCCUGCUGCUGUACAGUCUCUUCCAAAGCCAGUGCCAUCAAGGGAGAACUCACAGCCUGUCUCUAUCUCCUCGGACCUAGAGCCCUGUGUGUGGCCACGAGUACCCUGGCUUUCCUUCACCUGAAAGUGAGAUCUGUUCCAGAGCCCCACCUGGUGCAUUCCCACCAAGACCCCGUGGUGUGCUGCAGGUACAACCCAGCCUUCAGACAUGUGGUCAGCUGCUGUGAAGCCUCCGUAGUGAAAGUGUGGGACCUUGAAACAGGACAACAAGUGUCAGAAUUUAUUAGCACUCACGGCAAUGCUGGCAUCACCUGUCUGACCUUUGACUCUAGUGGAAGAAGGCUUGUUACUGGGGGAAGAGAUGGCUGUCUGAAAAUCUGGAGCUACAACAAUGGACACUGUCUGCACACCCUUCAGCAAGAUGAAAAUCAAAGUGAAAUCUGUGACUGUACCUACAUGGAGGUGAACCAAAAUAGGUGCAUCAUAGCUGUUGGAUGGGACCGAAGAAUAAAUGUAUAUUUUGACAUACCUCGUGAUUUUCAUCAUUUCCGGAAGCCUCAGCCCCACUGGCAGGAUGACCUGAACCACGGGCACAAGGAGGACAUUCUCUGUGUGGCUCAGUGCCCGCCUUUUCUUCUGGCCACCUCCAGUUACGAUGGAGAGAUAAUAGUUUGGAAUGUAAUCUCAGGCCACAUGUACUGCAAGCUGAACACCCCCAGCCCCAUGGAUGGCCAGGACCAUAGAGAAGGCCCAGAUAGAAGUGUUUCCCAGCUCGCCUUUCUAAAGACACGGCUGAAGAAGCCGGAUUCAGCUGCUGCUUCCCUCAUCAGCAAUGGGCCCGGAGGUUCUGUCUGUUUCUGGAAGCUCUGUAGUGGGUCUGGCCUCAUGGCAAACUUCACUCUGUCCAGAGAAAAAGCCCAUGUGAGCAGCAUCGCGGUGACAUCAGGAGACACUCUCGCCUACUUGGCUGACCAACACGGUUUUAUAUAUGUCUAUGACAUCCAGGAGUAUGGCCUCCAGGGAACCGAGCGGCAGGCUCCCAACACCAUGACAUCCUGGAGAGCUCACGUCAGCAUGGUGACCUCUCUGGAGCUGAUAGAGGAUGACAGCAUCUUACUGUCAUCCUCCCUUGACUGCACCGUGCGUCUGUGGAGCAAGGAUGGGGCAUACAUAGGGACCUUUGGGCAGAAUCGUCCCUGGGAUAUUUUCACUCCUGACUCCUGGGGUCACCCAAGAGUCCCCUUUGAGAUUCUGACAGACCCUUCGAGCAUGCCUACCCAUGCUCUUGCUGGAUGCUUGGAAGGACAGCAGGAGCAGAACCACGUGACAGAGGAAAAGGUCCUGUUGGAGACUGAAGAGAGCCCUAGCCCUCCCUCCCCAGAAGGUCCCAUUGUUGAAGUGGAAGCGAAAGCAGAUACAAGCCGAUGGACUUCGUUUUGCCAUGGCAGACUAUUGUCAGCGCGAAGAAAGCCUUGCUGGAAGAUGCCGGAGCUCAAAUGGCCCAGUAUUUACCAGGCCCUCCAGUGCCAUGAGCUUGCCUGUGUGUCUGCUCCCAGGAAGAAGCCAGAUCUAUCUGUUACUGGCUCUGACUUGUUUUCAGUUGUUUUCCCCAGCCAGGAAAGAGAAGCCGAGGGGCUGGAAAAGAAGAAACUCUCACCCUGGAGCAGUUUCUUGCCUGAGUGCUAA